UUCGUCUGUGGUUCGGCACCGGAGUUCCCAGAGCACCUCACUGCAGCAAGGGCUUGUUGCCAAAACAUCUCUAACUUCACCCCCAUGGCCUGAAGUGAAACUUCCAGAUCCAGUGGAAGAAGCAAAGUAUCAUGCAGAAGUGGUGCGGAAGGUGAACGAGAUGAUUGCAGCGGGGCAGUACGGGCGCCUCUUCGCCGUGGUCCACUUUGCCAGCAAGCAGUGGAAAAUAACCAGUGAAGACUUGAUUAUGAUGGACAACGUGCUGGAGGCUGAGUGUGGAGACCGAAUCCGGAUGGAAAAGGUUUUGCUGGUUGGUGCUGAUGACUUCACGCUCAUUGGAAGGCCACUCCUGGGGAAAGAUCUCGUCCGUGUGGAGGCUACUGUGAUUGAAAAGACGGAGUCAUGGCCAAAAAUUAACAUGCGCUUUUGGAAGAGGCACAACUAUCAAAGGAAGAAAAUCAUUGUGAACCCACAGACUGUCCUUCGGAUAAACACCAUAGAAAUCUUCCCCUGUCUGUCGUGAUCGACCGGGUGUUGUGUGGCUUAUCGUUGCUGUAGGCAAUUAUGGAAAUAAAGCUGCCGUGUCAUUGGAAAGUUCUGGACUUCCUGCUGUUGUUGGAAAUGGAAAUCUAUAUGGACUUUCUUUAUAAAAAACAAUGAAAUCUUUUUUUUAAACUAUUAUUUCAGC